AUGUCAACUCAUUCGAAACUUUCCCUAGCAGAGUCCACCAUGGAUCUCUAUCAAUGGAUGGAAGAGGCGGGCCGCCCACCAGCACCCAGGUUCAAAGUGACCUCCCUCAUCAAACAUCGAAAAACUUUGAAAAGCUUCCCUCCACUGUGUGCCAAGCCAGCCCCUCCAAAACCAGAGGCUCCCGUAGAUGAAAAGGUGGAGGUUGAAAAUUUGAUGCCAACUGAUUUUGAUGUGCUGUUGAAGUACAUCACAAGAAGCAUGCUGAAGGACAGGCCGACCAGCAUCGUCAACUACAUCGCCGACCUACUGGACGACUGCAUCGAUAAGAGAAAGCUGGUCAAGAUGCAGAGGCUGACUGAGAUGGCUGAUUUCAAGAAUUAA